AUGGCUUCUUCAAUUUCUUCAAAAUGGAGCAAAAUUCAAAAAAAUCACAGCCCUUCAUCUCAUGGAACCCCAUACAAGUUGGUAUCUAUUUCAGGGCUGCUCAUCUUUUUGUUCUGCAUCUUCUUCUUAAACCCUCCCAACAAUUACCAACCUUUCAGUCGUCUCUUAUCAACCUCCUCAUGUCCCACUACUACUACUACUCCCAACUCUCUGACCAACAUCAGCCACAUUGUUUUUGGAAUUGUCGGCGCCCUGAAUACAUGGAACUCCAGAAAACCAUACGUUGAAUCAUGGUGGCGACCAAACAUAACUCGGGGAUAUCUUUUCCUCGACAGACCACCGGGGCCGGAAUUCCAACCAUGGCCUUCAAAUCUUCCUCCUCUUCGUGUCAGCGAGGAUGUCAGGAAGAUCCCAACAUUAACGAAAACGGUGAACCCAAUUCCGGCUCGAAUUGUGCGAGCAAUAAUUGAAGCGUUUAGGGAGGGAGAUAAAAACGUGAGGUGGUAUGUGAUGGGAGAUGACGAUACAAUCUUUUUUCUUGAUAAUUUAAUUGGGGUUCUUGCAAAAUACAACCAUUCAAAGUACUACUAUAUUGGGUCAAAUUCUGAGUCUAUUAUGUCCAACAUUGAUUUCUCGUUUGAUAUGGCUUUUGGUGGGGCUGGAUAUGCUCUUAGUUACCCUGUUGUGGAGGCAUUGGCAGCCAAGUUAGACUCUUGUAUUGAGAGAGAUUCGCAGGAGCAUUUCAGUGAUUAUAUUUUGCACUCAUGUUUGGCUGAUUUAGGAGUUUAUUUAACUCUCGAGAAAGGGUUUCACCAGAUCGAUAUGCGCAAUGACACAACAGGUUUUCUAUCAGCUCAGCCUCACACCCCUUUCCUCUCCUUCCACCACAUUGACGCCAUUGACCCAAUCUUCCCUUCCAUGAACCGUUCGGAAGCCAUAAACCACCUCAUGAAGGCAGCGAAAGCCGACCAAUCCCGUCUUCUUCAACAAACCAUAUGCUACCACAGGCCAACCAACUGGUCUUUCUCUGUCUCUUGGGGCUACUCUGCUUAUAUCUAUGAAAACAUAAUCCCUCGGAGCAUUUUAUGCAGACCCCUUCAGACAUUUACAAAAUGGAGGAGAGAGGUAAAGCUACACUUCUACGUGUUCUACACCCGACCACUCUCUAGCGAUCCCUGUCAAGCUCCCCAUGUGUUUUUCUUUGAUUCUAUAGAGCUUACACAAGGUGAUGAACAAGUUGUUACUACAUAUAUUAGAAAAUCGCCUCGGGGUUUACCAAAUUGUUCAUCCACUGGUAAUCAUUCAGCAGAUGCAAUCACCAAAAUUCAGGUGCUUUCACCAGCAACAACACGCCUGGAGGCCGGAGGAAGAGAUUGUUGUGACAUUGAAUAUGCGGAUAGAACCAGUGUUACACAAGUCAAAUAUAGGCCUUGCUUGAAAAAUGAAGUGAUUGCCUAA